CAACGCCAAAUGAUACCGAACGUGACAGUGCUGUUAUAUUCCGGUUGUACCGAAAGUAUCGAGCUCAAUGCUUUGGCAGCAGGGUGGAAUAUCCUGCACUAUACAAGCACAGUCGCUACGGAUGUAUGGACGCAAACGCAUGGAUUUGCAUCCACCUGGAUUACAUCGUCAUUACUAUCGCUAAGCGCUCUGGAACAGUUUGUCGCCAAAAUAUUCGAGACGUACCAAUGGAAAUCGGUGCUCUUGCUGCUAGACCGGACAGAGUUCUCUAAUCAGUGGUUUAUUGGCGCUUCUCAGACUGUCGCUUCCAGCAUCGAAAACCAUAUUCGCGAUUGUCAGAUUUAUCGACGAACGUUUCUGGACGAGCGAAGACAAUUGUACAAGUGUUGA